AUGGCUCCAUGGAACGUUAUACCAGCUGCUGCCAAAAAUAUUAAAUUUACAUAUGACAAUAAAUUUGUGCGUAUGGCUCGUUAUGUAUCUUGGAAUUAUUUAUGGGGAGGACGUAAGUAUGGUUUACUUUUCCACGAUCAAUGUUUUGAACCAGCCCCCGAAGUUCAAGAAGCCCUUAGAAGACUUAAUUUAAAAGAACCAUGGAAAUUUGAUGAACGUAAGAUGCGCCUAUCUCGAGCACAUGUUUUAUCUCUUCAUGGUGAAAAAUUGCCAAGAGAUCAAUGGACUAAAUGGGAAGAUGAAACUUGGUAUUUAAAACCAUAUUUGGAUGAAGUCGAAGCUGAAAAAGAGGAAAGAGCUAACUCUUCUGGUAUAGUUCCAGAUUAUCAGAUGCCUAAACCUGAUAAACAUUAA